AUGACUCAAGCGUUGCAGCCGUUGAGCGGGGUUCAGGGACCCAGCAUCUUUGAUGGUACAUCUCAGACUACGUCGGAGAAGAUGACCCGGGCAGUGCCGGGUAUCUUUAGCCAGAGUUUGGUGGCCGGUGUGAGUUCAGAGCAGCCUUCUACCUGGUCGGUAGGUUGUCUGACGACUCAGUUUGACGGGUUUGGUCAAGACCGCUCGGUGAACUUCAUGUAUCCGAUGGAAGCCACUACGAGUUUGAGACCUGGUCAUGUGACCCAGAUUCGGUUUGCCGAGAUACCCAAUGAGCAGGGACGUUAUGCCGGUGCUGGUCGCAGUUACGGGCUCACCAGCGUCGACACCUUUAAGGGUGAUGGCUACGACAUUAAGGGACUUUUUAUCGGCCACCAAGGCAACUUACAGACGCAGUCAAGCUUGGUCGCUGGCAGAUGGCUGGAAGGGUUUGAGCCCAGCGACAUUGUGGACUGGUUUGUGGAGUGUCAAGAGGAGACGCUGGAUAUCUACUUGGUUGUUGGCGGCAGGAACUACGGCCACGCAUUCACAGUGCCCAACGUCAAGGGAUUGGGAAAUCUACGCCCUGCGGUCCGGCUCGCGGGCGAUCGAGACGCUGCAGGCGCCGCCAUCUCCGUCAUGAUCUGGACCCCUGUACCCAUCCAAUCCAACGCGGACUACAGGCAGGUACAGGGCCCCAACUGGACCGGUCUCAGCGGCCAGUGGAAAGCAGAUAAUGGUUUGAUCAUUAACCUCAACGAGGCCACCACACAGCUCAAGGACCUGAGCAAGCAGGUCGCGUUCUCGUCGGGCCAUGGCAACAAGCUCGCCGGCUCCGUCAGGGUAGGGCUUCUCGGCCAAGUCCUCGAGAAGACCGCUAUGCGAAGCACUCUCAUGCUCACUCACGGCGACGCUCACGAAAAAGAAGAGGAGGCCAAACAACUUUAUGCUUCCGCCGUGUCCUUCAAGGUGGACUACGUCUCUGGCGGAGCUAGUCAAGUUGACGAGGACAGACGCCUCAUUAUCACAGCGGAGGACGGAUCAACGAAGACGUUCCAAAGGUACUUCGACAUGUCCGACAGGUCCAUGUCGGUCAACCCUUGGCAGUAA